CAGUCUGGCGCUCCGUUUGACCUUUGACUUCUCAAGAUUCAAGAGUCCCUCACAACCCAAAACUGAACCGGUCCCCAGCAGUACAAUUACAAAGUAUAAAACACAUUCAGAUGACCGUAAAACGUCCGGACCUUUGAAUUCUCUAUUUUCCGACGAUGAUUCGUGAACCUGUUUUUCAAUGAACAAAUGAAAUCGAAUAUGGAAACGAGAAAAUUUGCCCUGAGUAAGAAGAAGGUUGCCCAAGUUGGUGCUAAUGCUGGAGCAGGAAGCGACAAAACUGGAAUCCAAGUACUGCGAAGAAGCAGCAGCGGCGGGAAAGACUCGCAUUGGGACUUUCUUGAUGAUAUUGAGGCACCCAUGUGGGUAGAUCUCGCUGAAGAAUGUCAGUUUGCUUACCAAGAUAGGGAUGAUGAAUGGUUCAACAUAAGCCAUCCGUUUCAUCACUGUUCUGCCCAGCAGUUGAUCUCUGCAUUUGCUUCGGCUAGUGUGGGCUGCACAAAGUUGGACCUAACUGUACAGGAACUGUGUUCUCCAAAACUCCCUUGUUCUGUGUCAAGAUCGAGAGGCAAAGAUUAUCAAAGCAGGAAAUGGGGCCAGAGAAAGGAGAAGUUAAUUUUUGAUCAGCAGCAUCCGGCCAAUAAUUUGAAAAAGAUACCUUUAUCUGGAAUUUCUGUUACUGAGAGGGUGUCGAGUAACAGAACAUGCAGUGGAAAGUCAGUCGGUUUUGGUGGUUCGCAAUCAGAUUCAAGUGAGAAAAGUAGCUUAACUGAAAUAGCUAAACAUGAUUAUUCUGAGGUUUCUUUAGGUCUUCAAAAACUUCGUUUGGGAUCUACAUGCUCUGAAAUGGCACAAAGCAAUUCAUCUAGCAUUAUCUUGUCUGAAAGUAGUGAAAUUCAACACCAGAAGUCCUUGGAUAGUCGAGUACCUGUGCAGACUAGUAGUAGAUUUCUCUCAGAGCUCAAGAUUAGUUUGAGGAAAAGUUGUGUUACCAGGCAGGCAUCAAGAGUUCAGGUGUCAGAGAGAAGGCAGUCAGACGGUCGAAAGUCAUCUUCCUCUAAAUCCAGCGUGGGUUCCUCCCUAACUCAUGGUUUUGAUGGCAAGGAUCUAAUAAAUAGAGAUAAUAAAGACAUGACCCCAGGCAGUAGAUAUGUUCCACGAGAUACCAUGACUUCCAGUAACAAAGUCAAAAUAGCGAAGCCUUCAUCAACUACUAAUGCUAAAUUGAAGACAGGAAGGUCUGCAUUGCCAUCUUUCAAAGAGCGAGGCAUCCAGGGAAAGGUUCAGCAGCAGUCAGCUCGCUCAAACGUUUUGGCACCUCAUUCUAUCAAUAACCUUUCUUCUGCAGCUGCAAAUUUAAAGUGCAAAGGAAAAGCUGUUGGUGCCUCUGCUCGUCAAAUUUCAGUUGGUGGUAAGGAGAACCUGCCAAGAGGAAAAGUGCCAAACGCCAAAUUUAAAAUAACCAAUGAUGUUAUGCAAGUUCAGAAAGUAACUGGAAGGAAAUUGCCGGAGAAGAUUGGCAAAACUACCAGAGAUGUGCAAGUUCAGCUAGUAAUUGAAAGGAAAUUGCCAGAGAAGAAUGGCAAAACUACCGGAGAUGUGCAAGUUCUUAAAGCUAUUGGAAGGAAAUUGCCGGAAAAGAGUGGCAAAACUAGACUGGAUAGUGAAAAGGUAUGGACUACACUUCUAAAAUUAUUUCCCUGACUCUUGUUUUAUUAUUAUCCCGUUUUGGGUACGUAAGAAAUCAUGAUCCUGGAACACUCAGUCAUAACUCCUUCCCCCUCAUUACCCAAUGCAAUUCUCUUCCUUGUCUCUAUCGGUACUUGUGCUUUGAAGUUUUGCUACAAACAAGAAUCAACCGAGUUCUGGGUUAUAAUCUUAUUUAUGUGUGGGGAUUGGCUGACGUUUAAGUGGCGAUCUGCAUUCCUUAUUAAAUAAUGCUUGGUUAAAUGAGUGGACUUUUAUAGGUUGCAUUCUAAACCGUGUUUAUCCGAGUUCUGCUUCUGACAAAUCCUAAGUAAUUAGUAUUCUUUGGGCUUCAGGUAUGCAUGUGGAUGUUCUGAAAGGCAUUGAGACAUGAGGAUAUCUAACGCCAUAUAUUUUUGUUGUGUUUUCUUGAAUCCUCCUGUAACAACAGGUAAGACUCUGUGGUAAAGGUGGAGGGAAGCCGGGAACUCUGGUUCAGAAGGCUUGCCACUUUAGGUAGGAGAGCAGCGUUGUAGAGUGUACAUAGUCUGACCUUAUAACCUUUUUCAGAAUUGCUCCAUAUCCAAUUCGACUAUCGUCCUCCGAUAUCUCUUCAAAGUUUUGUAAGAGGCCGUGCUGAGUAUCCAGCUUGUAACCCUACUGGGAGCACAUAACUCUCCCUCUCUCCUCAAUUUCAAAAUUAAUUCAUUCUGAAUGAGUUAUCAUUGUCUUGUUCAUGGUUCUGUAAUCUUUCUCUCAUUUGCGUAUUUUCACAUGACAAGUUCAUUUGGCAGAAGACUGAAAUUGCUAGAAAGGGGGGAGAUAUGUUUGUUGUAUUGUACACCCUAUUUAGAUUUUUGCUGCAGCAGAAGAAACAACAUAAACCCUAAAGGGUGCACGUGAAAUCAAAUCAAGAAAUAAAAAGUCGUGGGGUUAUGGAAAGCGCGAAAUUUCG